CCGAAGAAGAAGAAAUAAGGCGGAAGUUACAUCAAAUGUUGUCAUGGCGCUUCACAUGUAAAUGAUCAAUCCUUCAUAAUAUGCUUUGACUGUGUAGUAGAUAUUUUCAAGUUUGAAGUGAGAGAACAGGCUCUACUACUCCCAGACCAAAACAAUGAGCACUCAAUACAGCAUUCUAUUCAAGCAAGAACACGCACAUGACGAUGCCAUCUGGACAGCGGCGUGGGGGAAGAGUGAGGCGGACGGCUCGGAAACUAUCGUCACGGGUUCACUGGACGAUAUGGUAAAAGUGUGGAAAUGGUCAGAUGAGAAGCUGGAGCUACAGUGGACUCUGGAGGGCCACCAGCUGGGCGUGGUGUCGGUGGACAUCAGCCACAACGGAGCCAUCGCUGCCUCCAGCUCCCUGGAUGCUCACAUCCGCCUCUGGGACCUAGAGUCUGGGAAGCAGAUCAAAUCCAUGGAUGCCGGGCCAGUCGAUGCCUGGACCGUUGCUUUCUCCCCAGACUCUAAAUACAUUGCCACAGGAAGCCAUCAUGGCAAACUCAACAUCUUUGGAGUGGAAAGUGGCAAGAAGGAAUAUUCUCUGGACACAAGAGGAAAAUUCAUCCUGAGUAUAGCCUAUAGCCCGGAUGGGAAGUAUUUGGCGGGUGGAGCCAUCGAUGGAAUCAUUAAAAUCUUUGACAUUGCCACAGGAAAACUUUUCCACACACUUGAAGGUCACGCCAUGCCCAUCAGAUCCCUGACCUUCUCCCCAGACUCUCAGCUACUGGUCACGGCCUCUGAUGACGGCUAUAUCAAAAUAUAUGACGUGCAACAAGCCAUUCUGGCCGGCACACUGAGCGGUCAUGGAUCCUGGGUCCUUAAUGUCGCCUUCUCCCCGGAUCACACCCACUUUGUCUCAAGCUCAUCCGACAAGAGCGUGAAGGUCUGGGACGCCAGCUCCAGAGCCUGCAUCAACACGUUCUUCGACCAUCAGGACCAGGUGUGGAGCGUGAAGUACAACAGCACCGGCUCCAAGAUCAUCUCCGCCGGGGACGACCGCGCCAUCCACAUCUACGACUGUCCCAUGUGAUGGAGAACGUGUAAUUGUCAUAGGUUGUUUUGCACCGACCGAAUGCGGUCAAAUAAAAGGUUGUUGUUGUUUUUUUUACUUUGUUUCCAUGUCAUUAAUUUCUUUUUAGUCUAUCCUCUGGUAUGGUGGCCCAUAUAUAACUACAGUGGCUCA